GGUCCCGAAAUGCUAGUGGCUUUUCAUUCCAGCCCUUUUUCAGCUCCUCUGCAACAGGGCAUACCUAAUCGAGGCUUUGAGCUAGAUGUCGACAUACUCUUCACCGAUUCUGAUUCGUACGAUUUUGCUCAGGGCUCCAAAAAUCUCUGCGAAUUUCAUAUAAAUGCAACAAAUCCUGAUGAUGUUUUAUUUUCACGUCGCGGAAGGAUGGGACGCAUUGUUAGUCCGCGUCAUACACUUCCUCCCAAUACAACAUGCACAUACCAUUUUCAUGGUUAUCCUGGCGACCUAAUUUGGUUAUCAUUUACCAGCUACAAUCUACAGAUACUCCAGCAGGCAAUACAUGAUAACAAUACAUUGGGAAGGGCUGAUUUACCACCCUGGAUAACACGUCUACGUAUGUGGGACAGUUAUGGCACAUAUGUGCCAAUAAAACAAACAAGUGUUACAACAGGUCAACCGCCACCACCACCGCCUGUCGCCUCUUCCGCUGAUGGUGGCAAGCCAACGAUAUUGGAUCAAAGCAGUCAUGCCAGCAACUACUAUUACAGUCCACAGAAUCCCAAAAUGGGCAAAAAUUUACGUGUUAACAUUGAUAAUGCUUGGAAUCCAGUUGAUACGUAUAUUUAUGGUCCCACACAGUCGAGUAUAUUUAAUCAGGAAAAUAAAUACAGUGGUUACCAGCAAUCUGGUGGUGGGGGUGGAGGCUCAUCAUCCAAACAUGGUGUUGCUGGCGGUGGUUUGAGCUCAGUUAAGGAAAGUUUAAAUUAUAUAUCAAGUAAAACAUCCAAGGAUGCCCAGCAGCAGCAGGGUGGCGGCGGUAGUGGUGGUGGCAGUGGCGAAAAGACAGCAUUGGCCUUGAUGAGCACUAAGGGAAAGCGACGUUUAAUGUUGGAAAUUUAUGAUUAUGAGACACCUAAAUUGUGCGAUCAUACAGCAAUUAGUAGCACUGGCAACACAUUGGGUCUUAAUCGUUUGCGACCAUGCAGUCCAUUGGAAAGUUAUGUCAGUACGGGCAGAGAUUUGAAACUGGAAUUUCACACUCACACCGGCACAGCCCUGUUCCCAGCACAAUUUGCUCUCAAUUAUGAAUUCGUAGACACUGAACAGGGUGGUGAAGCCUGGCCGGGACGUCGUGGUGAAGAACCUGUGCCACCAUUAUGCUCAAGAGUAUUUCGCAAACGUAAGGGCAACAUACAAGUGCCCCGUAAUGUUUUCCUAUACGGCCGAGGAGGUGCUAAAAAUCUCACCUGUCUAUAUCGUUUCGAGGCAGGUCCAUCGGAAAGAGUAAGAUUGGUUCUGCACAAUGUGUCCUUUGGCGAUGGCACCACCUGUACCACCGACAAUGACUUACAUACGGGCAGACCGAAAUGCAAUCAAUUGGAUCCGGAUGGUAGAAUAACAGAACUUAAACUAUUCGAUGUACCCUUUCGAGAUGUUAAAAUACAAAUGGGUUGUUUCUGUGAUAACUCCAGCGCUUUAUAUAGCAAUGCUCCCUUGACGUUUGUCUCCAAUUCAAGAAUAAUGGAAUUGACUUUUACGGUGACUAAACUAAAUAUAUCCGAAGAUUUUGCCGAAGUUAAUUUUUUUGCUUCGUAUGAGUUUAAACGGGUGUCAGAGUGUCGCAAACGUUUAAAGCUUAAGGGAGCUGGUGGUGAGGAUGAGAUUAAGUAUCCUAUGAAAUCUCAAGAUUCCAGUUGUGAGGGUUUAUCUUGGUAUAUAGAGGCUCAAACCUUGGAGAAAUCAUUAUUUGUUCAGACUUGGGGCUCAUAUUUACCAGUGGAUCCCACAUCGGAAGAUGCCAUGAGAUGCCAUACGAAAAAUCGUUUAAUGAUUUAUUCGGGACGGCCCUUGAAACCUAUGCGUGUAGUGUGUCCGGCUCAAAGUGGACCUAGGCCAACGUCGUUGCAUAUAUUCUCAGAGGAUUGGACUAAUGGACAACCGUUGUUUAGUAAUAAGUAA